CUAAGGCAGGAAGAUGUGGUUGGCCAUGAAGCGUAACGGAGCAAAGGAAACAGAAAAAUGCUUUGCGACAUUCGCCACGGCUUUCUGUUGAGGAGAACAUGUUCGACAUGACCUCACCACCUCUUUUCCUAAUGGAAUACUUUCCUCAUGGUUUGUGUGACGAGAGCGAAACUCCUCUGAUGGAAAUUUCAGACUUAUCUCACGUUUUUGGGGUUGAAAUUUUAAAGAAAUGUUCCUCCCUGUCUGUCGCUGAUGACCACUGGAAACCCUCAGAUAUUUGCAUUAGUCCUUUGUUUCUUUUCUUUUGCUUUUUUUUCCGUCGCGCCAAAGGAGAAGCCGUGUUACACACUGCCCACAGUGAAGAAGCUCCUGGAGCAGAAGAGAAAGCGAGAGACGUCUUCAGCUCCUCCGUCCUGUGCCUCUGCGACAAAUAACACUGGUGCUGCUGUCCCAGUGCCAAUCCCAGUGUCAACAUCAGAUCCCUCUGCCAGUACAAACAGCAGCUUUUCAGACAUGGCAGCGAUGAGGUAUGAACGGUGGGAUCUAACCCAUCAGCCACACUCCUCUGCUCUUGCAGAGUGCGGCUCCUUCUCGCCAAUGGUGUCACAGAAUUACAUAACAGAACCAGGUGCUCUCAGCUUCCCAGCUGCUUCGGUUUAUAGCCACUGCUUAACCUCAGCAGAGCCUCAGCUUUCCAGCUAUACUACUCUUCAGAUGCAGGACUGUCAGAGUGUGCAGAUGCCACAGCAUUUUCAGCCCAGUACAGAGUGUCCUGUUACCUCAGGCAUGCCCAGUGCCAGCACUGACCUCAGGACUCAGGGAAUAGGCUCUGGCUUCCUGUGGACUUCUGGGCCCAGAGCUCAGGCAUCCACAGGCCCCUGCCUGGACAUGGACAUGGUUAAGCUGGACGAAGCACGGAUCUUACUGCAGACCAUGGAUUACAACAGGACCAUGUGGAAGGACGAUGAUGGAGACACAAUUCUGCACAUAUACACUGCUAAGGGCCAAAGGGAGUAUGCCUUUGCUGCAGCGGAGAAACUGAAGGAGCUUGGCACUUUGGAUGCAAAGGAGCACCGGGGAAAAACUGCUUUGAUGGUAGCCGUGACGGCCAAUCAGCCAGAGAUCGUCCAGGACCUGCUCUCUAUCGGCGCUGAUAUCAGCAUCUGUGACAUCAAAGGUCAAACCGCACUGCAUCUGGCAGCCACUUAUGGCUUUCCACAGGUCAUGAGGGUUAUCCUCAAUAUGGAGCACAGAGUGGACCUGGAGGCUCGCAAUUUUGAAGGUUUAACCCCACUGCACUGUGCAGUGAUCUCCCACAAUGCCACAAUUAAAGCUCUUUCUUCCACCUCCUCUUCAUCUGCUGCCUGGCUUCAUGAUGUCAAUCUGCAAUCUCAAGCUGACAAUAAACUAAUUUGCCUGCAGCUUCUACUGGAAGCAGGUGCUUCCCUAAUCAGCCAGGAAAUUAAAAGUAAUAAGACUGCCCUCCAUUUGGCUGUGAAGGAGGGAAAUAUUCAGCUGGUGAAUUUUUUCCUGAAAUGCCGGCUGCCGGACAUACAGGCCUUUAUCAACAUGAAGGCCCACGGACACACAGCUUUGCACAUGGCCGCAGGGUUACAUGGAAGCCCCUAUCAGGAGGAGCUGAUCAGACUGCUGCUUAGCAAAGGAGCCGACCCGAGUAUCCGCAAUCUGGAGAAUGACCAGCCCGUGCAUCUGCUGCAAAGUGGAGAUCAAGGAGAGAAGCUCAAGCUCAUCUUGAAGAAGAGAAAUGCCUCUAGACGGCGUAUCACAUCCUUACAGGACCAAGAGUGACCAGGACUGCUUUCCAGUCCCAACAUGUCUCCCUUUACUUCUUAUAGGGACUUCUCAAUAGGCCUGAAUUCACUCAAGGAAAAUAAGGGCAGAAAAAACAUAUACACUACUCACAAAAAGUUAAGGAUAUUCGGCUUUCAGGUGAAAUUUCAGGAUGCACUUAAAAUGCACUAUAACCUUUACAGGUGACCUUAAUUUGACCUUCUCUACACUUUUGAAUGCACAUGUCCAACUGUUCAGUGUUUCAGUAGUUUUUGCAUAACUUGCUGUUCUCUAACAAGGUGCUUAAUGGCAAAAUUCACAACUGGUGUUUGAUCCAUGAAUCGACCAAUAAAUUUUCUGGUUUAAUUAGAAUUGGUAUUUAAACAGUCCUCUUCAUCAUGCUGUUCACAUUUUGACAUCAUGAUACCAAGACCACACCUAACAAUUGAUCAACAGUACCUUGCCAUUGCGAGGCUUCAAACAGGAUGUUCUCAGAGGGAAGUGGCCACUGAGCUUAGAGUGUCACAGAGUGUCAUCAGCAGGUUGCGACAGAGAUACAGAGAGACUGGAAGAAUCACAGAAAGGCAUAGAAGUGGACGUCCUUUGGCCACAUCCCACAUUGAUGACCGCUUCAUUGUGAACAGUCCCCUGCGGAACCGGAUGAUGAAUGCCACUCAACUCCAGGCACAUUUAAGGGAGGUGAGAGGCACCCAAGUGUCACGUCAGACCAUUCAAAACCAUUUACAUCAGCGUGUUGGACGAGGGACCAGUAGGUCUCAGUGCUGUUCUCUGAUAAAAGUCGAUUCACGUUGAGCAGAAAUGAUGGCCGCCAACGAUGUUAGAGAUGUCAAGGAGAGCGCUAUGCAUCAGCCACUGUUGUGGUGGUGUUACAGUCUGGGCAGGUGUGUCUACUCAAUACAGAACUGCCCUACAUCUUGUGAAUGGUACAGUGACAAGCCAAUACUUCCUGAAUAACAUCAUUAAUCCAGUCAUUGUGCCCCUGCAUGAACAACACAGGCCUAAUUUCAUCUUCAUUGCAUCUUCAGAAGCAUUGCAUGCUUCUACUUAAAUGCCCUACUUUCAUGAUAUAAUAUCAUUGUAGCGUGAACUUUUUACAUUUUCCAUAAAUUUAACCCAAAAGCCAAAUAUCCUUAACUUUUUGUAAGUAGUGUAAUUUAAUGAAAGUAGCCACAGCAAAAGAAAACGUUGGUUAGGCAGAAUUAAGAAAAGGUGUUGAAAAGGUGACUCCAAAUUCGGUCUUCUAUUCCAUGAGUGAAUUCAGCCUUCUGAUUUUUUAUCUUGAAGGUUUAUUUGUAUGCGUAUCCUCUUAUGAGGUUCAACUCUGGCUGUUAUUACAGAGUGAUUUUGGAUUUUUGACACAUUCUUUUUCGCUGGGCUUUCUUGCUCAUGGUAAUGUGAUUUCUGUGAAAUCAUCGUCGAAUUUCCCAGUGUUUUGUUUUUUUUGUUUUUUUUUUUAAUCAACCAUAUUGGUUGGGAAUGUUCACACUGCAUCAGUGCUAUGCUAUGUUUUCUUCCUAAAAAUCUAUCUAUUUAUUCCUUUUUUUUUAAAAAUGUGAUACUUGUGUAUUUUUUUUUACUAGUAUUUGACUCAGGGAUAAAUUAUUUACAUGCGCAAGCUCUCUAUGUAACCUUUGUGGUCACCUUUGUGUUCACAGAGAGGAAGGUUAAGCAGGUCUCAGUUAUUGGUUGAAUGUGAGUGUGUUGUGAUGAAUCAUUGUAGGGGUGAAAAUGUCAGCCGUUUCAAGUUGUUCACAGCAUGGCAAUUAUCGCUCCGGUUCAGACUGGUAAUGAUGUCAUUUACAUCAACUACAUCACUAGUUUAUCAUUUGAACAUAUAAUGUAUUAUCUGUUGAAUUUGAUAAGGACAUCAGAAUGAAUUAGAAGUGACUCCACUGCUUAAUAUAAAAGACAGAGUGCAGGAAUGGCUCAGGGGAUUAUCUCGUGUGAAUCACUGGGUUUCUGGGACUUAAAUGCCUUGUAAUUCAAAUAAGGGGGAAAAACAUUGUACUGUCACUUCCUUCUAAGACCAAGUGAAAUGAUUGUUAAUUUAUCAGAACUGUGUGAGUGUUUCAUGUAAUCAUAACCCAAACACUGUCUACCUGUCCUGUACUUUUUUCUUUUAAUAAUGAUUUAAUAAUGACAAGACAUCAACACUGCAAUCAAAACAAACUUCCUGUUUGAAUGUAAUACACUGACUAAAUUAAUUGUUCAAGGCUUCAGCAUUAAAGAUUUGCUGGU